AUGGAGAAGGCAACCGAGAGGCACUUCUUCUACCACGGAAAAGAGGGUUACGAAGACGAACGCGAUGGCUGCCACUGGUGUCAGAUCCGCUCCUUUCCGACACACCCAACCAUCCCCAUCACGGUAGUCAAUGAAGAAGACUCCGAGUUUCUGCCAGAUGACUUCCGCUUCAUCAACAACAUGGUCCUUGGAGAAGGUGUUGAGCCAGCUGGUGAUAGCUUCCGAAGCGGCUGCUCCUGCGCCAACGACGGAGACUGCCAGUACACGAGCUGCCUCUGUCUCGCCGACCUGGCAGAGGAUGAAUCAAGCGAUGAAGAAGAUGACGACCCGUUUGGAGAUCGCAUUGACGGCAUGGAUGUGGAUGUGCCAAAGAUCCAUAGAAAGGCCUACGCGUACCACACACACGGUUCCAAAGCUGGCCUUCUCCGCUCCAAGUUCUACGACUCCAAGGUGCCAAUCUAUGAAUGCCACCAAGGCUGCUCAUGCAGCAUUAACUGCCCGAACCGCGUCGUUGAACGUGGCCGUACGAUUCCUCUGCAAAUCUUUCGGACUGAGGACCGUGGAUGGGGAGUACGAUCAACAGUCCAUAUUAAAAAAGGUCAAUUUGUCGACCGCUAUCUCGGCGAGAUCAUCACGUCGACAGAGGCAGACCGCCGACGGUCCCAGUCGGCCAUAUCUCAGCGAAAGGACGUCUACCUCUUCGCCCUAGACAAAUUCACCGACCCAAACUCCUAUGAUCCCCGCCUAAAAGGUCCGCCGCUAGAGGUUGAUGGCGAGUUCAUGUCAGGCCCAACUCGAUUCAUCAACCACUCUUGUGAUCCCAACAUGCGCAUCUUUGCUCGAGUUGGAGACCAUGCCGACAAGCAUAUUCACGAUCUAGCUCUGUUUGCCAUCAAGGAUAUUCCAAAAGGAACGGAACUUACGUUUGACUACGUCGACGGAGUAUCGAAUGAUGGGGAGGAGCCUGAAGGUGAUGUAGGCCACAUGACGCGGUGUCUUUGUGGGAGCAAGAAGUGCAGGAAGUUCCUAUGGUGA